UCCCAACAAAACAUGUUCAUAACUGCCAGACAACUCUUCUUACGGAUCUUUCUUUGUUUUAUAUGUAUAACCAAUACCGUCACCUUAGCUCAACCCGAUUUUAUUUUCUAUUUUUGUGCAAACAACGAUAAUUACACCAUAAACAGUACGUUUGAAAGAAACCUCGACACCACUUUCUCCACUCUCCCCACCACCAACUCUGGCUUGGGUUUCUUCAACCACUCUACCCUGGAAGGGAACGAUAUGGUCUACUCCGCAGCCAUUUGUCGAGGCGACAUAGAGCCAGAUUUGUGCCUGAGCUGUCUAAAUGACUCGAUGGUUAAGUUGCGAGAACUCUGUCCUAACCAAAAGGAAGCAGUAGGAUACUAUGAGAUGUGUUGGUUAAAAUACUCCACAAAGUCUGUUUUGGGGAACAUUUAUCAUAUUGAUGGUUAUAGAGUUUUGGUUAACACAAUAACCUCAGCUCAAAGGGAUCGGUUUGUUGAGGAUCUCUCGUCGUUGAUGAAUAAGCUGAAAGCUGAUGCGGCUGCUGGUGACUCGUUACUGAAGUUUGCUGCAGGGAACACGACUGGGCCCGAUUUUGUAACGAUUUAUGGGCUUGUGCAGUGUACUCCAGACUUAUCGAAGAUGCAGUGCAUAGAUUGCUUGGAAAAUGCAUACAGUUACUAUGCGACGGUUUUUAACCAAAGUGGGAAGAUUGGAGGGACAGUCUUUCAACCUAUGUGCAGAUAUAGUUAUGGUCUUAGUCGGUUUUUUAACGAGGGCAUCCCUUCACCGCCAGUUUCAUCGUCAUCACCGUCGCUACCACCAGUUUCAUCAUCACCAUCACUACAAGAAACAACGACGCUAGACGAGACAAUUGGAAGGUUGAAAGCCUAUGAAGAAAGGACCGGUUUGGUGGAUGAAAACCCGGGAAGGUUCAACUCAUCGCAAGACAAAUGGCGUGAUGGAAAGUUCAAACAAGAAAAAGAUGAUGAAGAUUCAUCACAUGAUGCUUAUAAGAGUAGAAGCAACGAAAGAAAGUUUGGGAAGGAUUUAAGCAAGAUAAAAUGCUACAAUUGCCAAAAGUUUGGUCAUUAUGCCUCAGAUUGUCCUGAGUCAAACCAAAGAGAAGAAGAAACAAAUCUGGUACAGGAAGACGAGGAACCAACUCUCCUAAUGGCAAUCAAAGAAGACUGCAAUGAUCUACUUCAACAAGCACACGAUGGCAAGCAAGAUAUGGAAAAAGAUCAAGGUGCAACUUAA